AUGACUGAGCUGCCUGUGGGAGACAUCAACGUGUCAAGAGAGUGGGAUAAACCAGAGAGUCUGGGGGUCUUCAUUGUUCUCAUUCUUAAAACACAUGUUAUUAAACUCCCUUUGAAGACAUCCUCCACUGCAGAGUCCCUGACCCUGUUGAGGGGUGGAAAUCGCUGUGAGGGGCUCCUGCAGGUGCAGUACCUCGGGCAGCAGGGCCUGGUGUGUGGGGACCAGUUGGGCCUGGAGGCGGCAUCAGUGAUCUGCAGACAGCUGGGCUGUGGCCAAGCCCUUGUUACCCCCACGUAUGUGAUAUGGAUCCAUGAGACCCAGCAGUCCUUGCUGCAGGGUGUGCAAUGCCAGGGCACGGAGGAUUCACUCUGGGAGUGCUCCCUGGGAAUGUGGGGGCCACUGCAAGACUGUGCGUGUGAGUGCGUCAGUGCGGUGCACUGCUCAGGUGGGAAGCUGGCAUCAAUGAAGUUAAGUGGUGGAAGCAGUCCCUGCGCAGGGACCCCUGUGAUCCAGAUGACAAGAGACACUGUGAUAAGGUGUGGCUUCCACCAGGAGGAGGCUAGUGUCCUCUGCAGAAGGCUAGGAUGUGGCCUAGCACUCCAAGGAUCCAGAUCACAACUCACAAAGAACUUGGGCAAGCUGGAGUCAAAAGUGGUGACCUGCCAGGGAACAGAGUCCAGCAUCUUCAACUGCAGAUUCAACCUGAACUUGGUAGACCAAUGUGAUCUCCCAACAGACACUGAAGUGGUGUGCACAGGUCACAUAGAGGCCCGGCUGGUGGGUGGUGCCCACCCUUGCACUGGACGCCUGGAGGUGAGGCGGGGCCUGACCUGGGGCACCACCUGUGACUCUGACCUGGACUUGCCUACUGCCCAUGUGGUAUGCCGGGAGCUUCGUUGUGGUAUGGCUGUGUCCAUGCAUGGGGCUGCCCACUUCAGCCAGGGCUCUGGGAUCAUGUGGACUGAAGCAUUCCGCUGUAUGGGCAACGAGUCUCUGCUGUUCUACUGUCCAAGGGAGCCUGGGCACCAGUGCGAACACAGCCAGGAUGCUGGGCUCACAUGCUCAGGGGAAAAGUUCCGGCUGGUCAACGGCAGCAACAGCUGUGAGGGACAUGUGGAGGUCCAUGUGCAGGGAACCUGGGCACCCGUCUGUGCCACCCACUGGGACUUGGCAGACGCCACAGUCCUCUGUCACCAACUCAACUGUGGCAAUGUGGUGGCCAUACCCCAAGGAGGGCAUUUUGGGGAAGGAGAAGGUCCCAUCUGGCCAGAUGUGUUUCACUGCGUGGGGACAGAGCCCCAUUUGUUGAGCUGCCCAGCAAGCACCCUGGGGGCCCCGGCCUGUGCCCAAGGAAACAUGGCCUCUGCCAUCUGCUCAGGACGCCCCCAUGCCCUGAGGCUGAGGGACGGACAGAGUCACUGUGAUGGCCGUGUGGAGAUCUUCCUGGGUGACGUGUGGGGCCGUGUGUUGGAUGAUGCUUGGGACCUGCGCGGGGCACAAGUCGUGUGCCGGCAGCUCGGUUGCGGACUAGCUGAGCGAGCCUACGAUGCACCUGCCCCUGGCCACAGGGCAUUCCCGGUGGGACUGAGCCGUGCACGCUGCCUGGGCACUGAGACCCAGCUGACCCAGUGCAACGUGUCCACAACCCUGCUGGUGCCUGCCGGAAGCUCACGGGAUGCAGGUGUUGUAUGUUCUGGAAGUGUCCUGGUCAGACUGGCUGAGGGCCCAGGCCGAUGUGCAGGGCGUGUGGAGGUGUUCCACGAGGGUGAGUGGGGCACCGUGUGUGAUGAUGCCUGGGACCUGCAGGAUGCGCAUGUGGUCUGCAGACAACUGGGCUGCGGCCGUGCUCUCAGUGCCCUGGGGGCCACCCACUUUGGGGCUGGAUCUGGGCGCAUCUGGAUGGACCAGCUGGGCUGCCAGGGCAACGAGUCUGCACUGUGGCAGUGUCCAUUCUGGGGAUGGGGCCGGCAUGACUGUGGGCACAAGGAGGACGCCGGGGUCUUCUGCUCAGAGUUCACGGAUCUGAGGCUGCAGAACCACAGCCAGCCAUGUGCAGGGAGGCUGGAAGUUUUCUACAAUGGGACCUGGGGUGGUGUCUGCCAGAGCCUGAGUGCUGCCUCCCUGGGAGUCCUGUGUGAGCAGCUGGGCUGUGGGCCCCAAGGGCAGCUGCAGGCCAGGGUGGGGAGCUGGCCUCUCCCUGGGGCUCUGUGGGUGGCCUCCAUUCAGUGCAGAGCCAGGCAUGACAGGACUCUUUGGCAGUGCCCCUCAGCCCCCUGGAACCAGCAUUCUUGCUCCAGCCAGGAGGAAGCCUGGGUCAUAUGUGCAGAAAAGACAGAAAUUCCUCAGGGACCUGAGAAGACCCUGAACUGCUCAUCCACACACGACUGUCCAGAGGAGGGUAUGCUGCGUGUGCAUGGUGGCCAGGAUAGCUGCUCUGGGCGCGUGGAGCUCUGGCAUGCAGGUUCCUGGGGCACAGUGUGUGAUGAUUCCUGGGAUCUGGCUGAUGCGGAGGUCGUGUGCCACCAGCUGGGCUGUGGCAAGGCCAUUGAAGCUCUACAGGAGGCUGCCUUUGGCCCUGGCUCUGGGCCCGUGUGGCUGGAUGAGGUGAGGUGCCGGGGCAGCGAGAUGUCCCUGUGGGGAUGCCCAGCCCAGCCUUGGGGACGUGGAGACUGCACACACAAGGAGGAUGCUGGUGUGCGCUGCUCAGAGUCUGACACCCCACUGGCUACAGAGCUCUGCGCAAUGCUCAGGACAGUCAGCACCAUCCUGGGGAUCUUUUUUGGUCUUCUCCUUCUGGGCUUCAUGGUCUUUCUGAUUCUGCUUCAAGUCACACAAGCCAAGCAGAAGGGUCUGGAAAGGUCUGAGGCAUGUUCUGGAGAAGCCACCUACGAUGUCAUCAUGGAAAUGCCACAGGCAGCACUGUAUGAGGAAAUUGUGGAAGCUGAGGGUGAGGAUAAAGGUGUGAUGAAGAUGGUUAUUUCAGUUGAAAUUUCAGGGGGGUUGUCUAACCUCUUAGAUGGACAGUCUGUAACCGAGGAGGGUGAAGAUGGCGAAUCUCUUUCUCAAGGCUAUGAUGAGGCUGCAUUUCCCCUGGAGGAGAUGAUACUGUAA